UGUCCAUUCGCCUCACUGCGCCACCAGCACAGCCGGCGAGCGACCACGGAAGCCGUGGAGCUCGCCCGAGUGGCACAGCUCUUCGAGGAGACCACCAGGGAGCUGCUGAGGAGCUCCGGCGAAACCUGGAGAGAAGACGCUAUCGAGAGGCUGGAAGCGACGGACAUCAGCUCGACAGCGCUGUCCGGCUUCUGCCCGCUCACGAAUGUCACCUGCAACUCGACCAGAAGAUACCGCGAAGCCGACGGGAAGUGCAACAACCUUCAAAACCCGGGAUGGGGCUCAGCGAAUUCUUGCAUGAAUCGCUUGCUUCCUCCAGCCUACCAGGACGGUGUCAGUUCUCCACGUGUGGCAGCCGACGGCAGUCCGUUACCCAACGCUCGCAAGAUCUCCUACACGGUUCACCCGAACGUAAGCAACCCUGCCACCAACAUCACGCACAUGGUGAUGCAGCUGGGACAGUUCAUCGAUCAUGACUUCGCCCUGGCGCCUCUCAUGCCCGAUCCAGGGGAGAUCGUCAACCUCGGAAAUCCCAACAACGUCAUCGAUUGCUGCUCUCCAGAAAGACGCAACGCAUCAAAUUGCUUCUCCUUCGACAUUCCUUCGGACGAUCCUUUCUUCGCUCGUUUCAACCAGACCUGCAUGAACCUUCCCCGCUCAGCUCCGUGCACGCGCUGCACGCUGGGGCAGCGACAACAACAGGACAUUCUGACGUCAUACAUAGACACUUCUCAAAUCUACGGGAGCUCGGCGGCAGACACACUGAGACUACGGACGAUGAGUAACGGAUUUAUGAAGCACCAGUACGACUUCUUCGCGGGGGAGCUGCUUCCCCGGAGCUUCCACGUCAACGAGGACCGCUGCAGCAAUCCAUCGCAGGGCCAGUACUGUUUUAGGGCAGGUGAUGAGCGUGUUAACGAGCACCCAGGUUUGACCGCCAUGCACACUACGUUCCUGCGUCAACACAACCGCAUUGCGGGCUUUCUGGGCCUGCUCAACUUCCGACUUAGUGACGAGGAGAUAUUCCAAAGGACCAAGCGGAUCGUGGAGUGCCAGUUCCAGCACAUCGUGUACUCGGAGUGGCUGCCCAUCGUCGUGGGGCCCCAGACGAUGACUCGCUUCGGGCUCGCACCUCGCUCCAGCGGCUUCACCACCUACAAUGGCAGCGUGGACGCGACCAUGCUGAACGAGUUCGCCGCCGCCGCCUUCCGCCUCGGACACACGCUCAUCGAUGGAACCUUCGAUGCGAACUAUCUCUUGGGCAGAACUACGUUCGAACUGCAAAACAACUAUUUCUUCCCGUUCGAGUUCUACGACGGCUUCCUUGAGCCAGUUCUUCGGGGCCUUAUGCAACAACGCGCACAAGCGUUCGACAGAGACGUGACCGACGGCGUGACCAAUCACCUGUACCGACUGCGCAACGAGAGCUUCGGCCUGGACCUCGUCGCGCUGAACCUGCAGCGUGCUCGGGAGCACGGCGUCCGACCCUACGUCGACUACUUCUACUUUUGCACGGGCGUUAACCUGACGUCGUUCGAUGCGCUCAAGCAGUACAUGGACAGCGACUCGGUCGAGAAGUACAAGGUGUUGUACAAAGACGUCCGGGACGUGGACCUUUUCACUGCCGGCAUAUCGGAGUUCUCGGUGCCGGGUGGAAUAGUGGGGCCCACGUUCUCCUGCAUUCUGGGCCACAUGUUCCAGAGGCUCAAGUACGGCGACCGCUUUUACUACGAGCACGGAUCACAGGCCGGAUCACUGACCUCAGGUCAACUUAAUGAGAUUCGACGAAUAUCCUUUGCAAAGAUCAUCUGCGAGAACACAGGCGUGCUCUCGGUCACUCCAAACGUGUUUCGACCCAGUGGUGUUGGAAAUCAGCAGACGCCGUGCUUCUUCCUCCCAGACACGAACUACGCGUUAUGGGCGUAAAAACCUCUACACCAGCCGCAUACAGCACGAAUUGUAUUAUAAUUGGAAUAAAUGUUUUGAAAACGGUGACAUUUGA